GAACCUGCUGCUGCUGUCGGACGGCACAUCCAGAAUGCAGAGCUCACCUUGCAGCUGCUCAGAGAAAAUGCUCAGCACAGCCGUCUCUUCACCUGUGGCCUCAGCCCAACAGCCAAUCGGCACAUGCUGAGAGCUCUGGCCCAAGCAGGGGGUGGGGCCUAUGAAUUCUUUGACACUAAAACCAAACACAACUGGACAGAGAAGGUAGCAUGUCAGGUGAAGCGUAUUGCAUCUCCUGGCUGCAGCUCAGUGUCAGUGAAGUGGCAGCAGUUCAACCCAACAGCACCCACUCCUGUGCAAGCCCCCAGACAGCUCCACGCUUUGUUCAAUGACUGUCACACCCUGGUCUAUGGCUUUGUGCCACACUGCACUCAGGCCACCCUCCUUGGAAACCUGAGUGGCCAGGAGCUCAAAACCAUGGUGUCGACCAGUGAGUUGCAGAAGACUAGGGGCACAUUUCUUCACAAGCUCACAGCACGAGCCCUGAUCAGGGAUUAUGAAGACGGAAGCCUGGAUGCCAAUGAGGCUGAACAUGAGGGGAAGAAAGCAGAGUUGAAGUCCUUCAUCAUCGAGUUAAGCAAAGAGUUCUCCAUUCUGUCUCAGUUCACCAGUUUUGUGGCCAUUGAGGAAAGGGACUCAGAGCAACCAGACGAGGGUUUCACAGACAUCCCCAAGUUGAUCGCAGAGGAAGAUGUGGACUUCCUCCCUUACAUCAGCUGGAAUCUCCCACAGGAUAGUGAAGAAGAGGAGGAAGACAUGGACAUGGGUUUUUACUUAGCUGAUAUUGAAACUAAUGCCAUGCAGGAUUACACCUUUUGUGUAGGUAGUUCACUUGAUAUGGCAAUGGACUUGUCUGUGAACUCAGCAUCAAUGGACCCAGACUCUCCACAAUAUUCACCAACGAGUCCCUCUUACUCAUCUGAUGCAUCACCUGUGCCAUAUGCUGCAGCAGCUCUACCAGAUUUUGGUCACAGUCAUGCUGAAUUGAAGGCAUUUUCCAGGAUGUCCAGAGUAAAGAGGAAUGAGUUUGAGAGAGAGGCUGAAUAUCCUGAUGCAAACAGGGGAUAUAGCCAGACUCCGCCUCCUCCCCCUCCUCCCCCUGCUCUUUGUCGUCCUCCUAUUCUUAACUGUUCUUUAGAAGUGCCAAUACAAGCCUCACCACCUCCACCUCCACCUCCAAUCCCUCCAACUCUCUCUGCUGUACAUCGGUUUCAGUCCUCCGUGUUUAGUUCUCAUUCGUCAGGCCUUCCUGAAACCCUAACUUCAUCGUCUCCUCUUGUACCAAAGAGAGGGGUUUCCCAUUAUGUCAGGCCAGUAUUGACUCAGUCAAUGGAGACACAGGAUUUCAGAACACAUGCACUGUCGGGAGCUAGUAGUCUGCCCUUUUCAUUUGAAGGUCCCAUGCCCUUAGACAGCAUACCAUCUGUCGCUCGCUGUCAAAUGAUGGCUAUGCCAACAAAGAGUCUGGACAUAGCAGAUGUGGAUGUGUGCAUGUCUUACCCAGGUGGACCUGCACCUGCUCCGAAUGCGCUUCUCGAAUGUCCUAUAGAAUCAGGAUCACCUCUCAUAAAGGAGACAUCUUCAGUCUCAGAGACCACAGCUCAUACACCAAGAUAUUUCUCUUUCAGAGGUUUCGGGGCAAGAUCUGCAUCUUUUGGAAGUGCGCCUCAACCUGGGAGAAUAGGGAGUAUGGUUCAGGCAGAGUUAAGUCACCCUCCAAUUAUGCUAGAUGAUCCAGGAAUUGCUAGAUCAUCAAGGAUAAAACUCAGGAGGAAAAUCAUUCUGUCUUCAUCUGCUCAGCAUUCAUUUCAGGAGAGAAAGUCAACAGAUCCUGAAGCACUCGAGCUCAAAUGGACAAAGAUCUUCCAGAUGCAGCAUUCAAAGGGCUACUGGGAGUUAACCACAGAACUGGGUGAAUUAAUAAAUGUUAACGCAGACCUCUUUGCCAACGUGUUCCUGAAAAACAAGGGCAUCCAUUCCUUAGGUGUAAGGGCCCAUGCAGACAUCCUGAGGCUGGUGGCGACGCUUCUGGUUCUGCAGCUGAUGAGGGUGGAGAAGCUGGAGGAAGGCAAACUGCUCCGCACCCUCUUCUGUCUGGACAACUCCUCUCAGCCUAGGCCUAAGCGGUGGGAGGAGGUGAAGAGGGCGGUGGACUGGGUUUGCUGGGCUGACCGGCAGUACCCGUGCGUCUACAGCCGGCUGGAGUUCGGUUUGAGCUGGGAGUCCUCCACUCGUCAGCUGCUGGGCUACGAAGGCCUCCCCCCUUUCUCACCUCUCAGUGGUCUGAACCUCCAGAGAACCACAGCCCCUGUGCUGGUCCACUGAGCAAGCCAGCAUGACUGGGGGAACAUGGAGAGAAGGAAAUGGAAAUGAGAUUAUCUUAUAGAUUGUGUUUUUACAUAGAUAUGCAUGCAUCUCUUUGCCUUAUGCAAUGACAAUACUUAGAGCAAGCAUCUGUGUAUCAAAUAAGAUGCAAAUAGCACACACAACAGAUGGAAUCACAUCAUUUUAUAUUUUGCCCUCUCUAGAAUUGGCUGCACACAAGCAUCUGAUUAGAUGUGUUUUGGCACGAAUCAUUUUUAGAAACUUGAGCAAAUUGCUGUUUUAAGAUAAGCAGGUUGCUUUGUCACUUCUUAGUGUUUUCUCAUGAGCAGCUUCCUGAAACUUAUUUUAAUAUGUUAUUAUGAAAUCUCAACUUUAUGACUUAGCAGCUGACAGAGCUUUUCAGAUGGGUCUUUUUUAUGAUUUAUAACUUUACUUUGCUGAUCAGUUAUUUGCACUGCAGAUAUACCACAGCAAAUAUAAGUUAUUCACACGUAACAUAUUUUCACUAUUAGAUAGUUGGCUUCAUCAAGUGUCGCUUGUGUUCUUCAUUACGGUAGUAGUUGAGGUUUUUGUGUGUGUGUGUGUGUGCUCGUGAGCAGAAUUAAAAUCUUUUAAAAUGGUCUUUAAGUGCCUUAAU